GCUCGGUUCUCCCGCCGCGUCCCCGCCGGCGAAGGAAUGGGGCGCUCUUUUUGAGCUCGAGCUAGUAAAUGAGUGAUCGCUGUGCCGCUCCCUUGUGUUAUGUAAUCUCUGCUCGGUCCAAUAGUACAUCCUAGGCUUUAGUGCACUGCAGUUAGUUUACAAAGUCUCCUCCCUCGGACCUAAAAUAUUUUUGCGAUGGCGCCGUGAUUUAUAAAAUGGGAUGGGGCGGAAUAGCUUUAUUUCUGGUGUUUAUAUCCUGCCGCGGUGGGCGCCAUGUUUAUCCCAGGGACUAUUUUUUUCUAGAUUCUCAUCACCUACUGGAAAGAGUGAUGUCGUUGAUCCACCUGCUUUCCCUUCUUUCUGCGAGUUACCCAGAUUUCCUCCCGUCAGACGCGGGAUUUCCCCAAACUGUUAAUAACACUGGACGUAUUUCUUCUCACUUAUUUGGACAUUCUCAGCUCAGAAAAAGGUCAUGAUCCCACCCUUCCUGUGAUGGAGCCCUGCAUGGGACUCUGCCUGGACAGCAGGGAUGCCGCUCUCUCUGUUUGCCCCUGUCCUGCAGGUGCUUUUAAAAUAAAUUAAAAAAUCUCAACCCUUGAGUGGAUGUCUUUUUAGUUUUUUAAGAAAAGACACUUGCGGCCUAAGGAGGUAUGAUCCUUCGCAUAAGAAAAAGCACUUGUGAGAUUGAGUUAUGAGCUGCAUUUUUACUUGAAAGAACGACUGACUAGUUAUUUUCACACUUUAAUGUUUGGUAGGUUUUUUUUUUGUUUGUUUGUUUUUUAAAGAGACUGAGCAUGAGAGGGGCAGAGGGAGAAAGAAUCUUAAGCAGGUUCCAUGCUCAGCACAGAGCCUGAUGUGGGGCCCCAUCCCACGACCCUGGGAUUAUGACCUGAGCAGAAAUCAAGAGUCUGACCAACUGAGCCACCCAGGCACCCCUGGCAGAUAUUUUCUGAAAAUGAAGUGAGCUUGUCACUUCAAGGAAAACCGUUGACUAAGUAUUUGUUACCAAUGAUAAAAAUUUGAGCGUGAAAAUAAGAAUUUGUUCAAAGUUGACAUUUCGCGUGUGUACCCUGUCUUUCUCUGUCUCAAAAUAAACUUUUAAAAAAGUUGACCUCUCAGGUUUGACAGCUUCCCAGUACUUUAAAGACUUUUCUUGUAGCAUCAGUGUUAAUGACUGUGAUUUUUAAGUAUUUUUUAAAUUGUAUUUAUAAUUCUAGUGAAAUGUGUCAACAUUUGGAACCUGGACAUUUCAGUAAAUUUGUAUUUUCCAAGUGACCAAUGUGUGAUGUUUCAAAAUAUCAUGGGUAAAUGAUCCUUUCAAAAUGCAAGGUACAUCAGUGGAUUUUAAUGUAAGAAAAUACAAAAAGUGGGUUGAUAGGGAUUCAGAUUCCAAGAUGUAACUUAUUUAAGAAACUACCAUUUUUUGAGUUUUAGUAUUGUGUCAAUAUACACAGCUAUCUGAAAAGGUUUUCAGAAGACUUUUUUUCUGCUGUGUGAGGCUAGAUAGUCGUAUACUUAACGAAAACAACAUACAGCAAACAGACUGAAUGCAUACGCAGCUAUGAGAAUCCGACUGCCUUCUAUUAAGCUAUACCUAAACAAUUGGCAAAAAUGUAAAACAAUAUUACUUUUCUAAUUAUUUUGGGGGAAAAAGAUAACUUCUAAUUGAAAGUGUUCUUUAUAUUAACUUUGAUGGUUUGUUAUUGUUAAUUGUGUUGAUAAGUAUUUAACUUUUUUUGUUUUAAGGCCUUACAUGGUAAAUAUCAAAAGAUAGAAUCCACAUCAAUAAAAACUUUUUGAGGUCCUCAAUAAUUUUAAGAAUGUAAAGCGGUCCUGAAACCAAAACAUUUGAGAAUCACUGGGUGUUGUUCUAUGCUUCUGCUUCUGAGAUCAUCCAAAUCUGCCUCAAUGUAGGAACUUCUGGAGCAUUUACAGGUGUGUGUUGGAGUUAGUAAUGGAAGAGGCAGUGGCUUGGGGGAGAAUUUUACAGAAAAAUUUUGAUUCGAGUCUUGGUGUGUCAUCUACUAACUUUAACCUUGGGCAAGUUACUUAAUCUCUCUAAACCUCCUUUUUAACCUCAUUUGUAAAAUGUAGUACUUAGGAUGUAUAAUUGUGAGAAUUCAUUGAGGUGAUGAGUAUAAACUACAAAAUAACUCCUGGUAUUGUAUUAAAGUAUAUUCCAGGUAACUUUUCAGUCUUUAUUCUACAUACAAGUAAAACCUUGGAUUGCGAGUAGCUUGUUCUGCGAGUGUUCUGCAAGACAAGCAAACAUUUCCAAUAAAUUUUAACUUGAUAAACUAGCGAUGUCUUGCAAUACAAGUAGUAUGUGACACUGAAUGUCACAUGAUCACAACUGAGCCAGUGGUUCUUCUUUCUCUACGGGCUUGUGGGUGAUGGUCUCCCAUGCUCAGAUGCUCGGUCUCAGGCCGCAGCAUCUGGCAGAAAUCAGUGAUCUUUCAGAACGUUGGAAGGUGCCCACAGCUGGCACUAGUGUAUGUUUUGUCACUUCAAAGCACCUAUGGACAGUCCUUUGCUUUUCCAUACAAGAGUAAGCUUAGGAAUGCUUUGCUUCAUUCUAGGUCAGGCUGCCUGCAGAUAUAGACCCUUUCCUCUGCUGCCUUAUUGCCAAUUACAUUAAAUACGGUAACAAGAGUUUAUUAAUACUGUACUGUAGUCAACAUCCGUGCAAGCGUAUACAAUGGCCCCCAGGCGGAAAAAUGUUGAAAAGAAAGGUGGUAAGAAGAAGGAGAUGAUUACAGUGGAAGUUAAGAAGGAGAUCAUCAAGAAGUAUGAACGAGGUAUGCGAGUGGCUGAAAUUGCAAGAUUUUAUAAGAAGUCUACGUCGACCAUUUGUACAAUAUUAAAGAAGAAAGAAGAAAUAAGGGGGCUAGAUGCAGCAAAAGGAGUCACGAGAAUAUCAAAGCAACGGCCACGUGUUCUGGAAGAUGUAGAGAAGUUGCUUCUGGUUUGGAUAAACGAGAAGCAACUAGCAGGUGAUACUGUGACUGAGAAUUUUAUCUGUGAGAAGGCAAAGGCCUUGUAUACUGACCUUGUAAGUAAACUGCCAGGUACGUCAACAGAAAAAGAAGAAGGCUUCAAGGCAAGCAGGGGAUGGUUUGAUAACUUUAAAAGGAGAAGUGGCAUCCGUAGUGUUGCGAAGCACGGAGAAGCUGCAAGUUUGGACGCUAAGGCAGCUGAGGCAUUCGCUACUGAGUUCCAGAAGCUCAUGGUUUCUGAGUGUUACCUGCCAGAACAAGUUUUUAACUGCGAUGAGACGAGGCUUUUUUGGAAAAAGAUGCCAAAGAGGACCUACAUUACAGAAGAAGAGAAUGCAAUGCCUGGUCACAAGCCCAUGAAAGACCAUCUCACCCUCUUGUUUUGUGCUAAUGCAAGCGGGGAUUUUAAAGUCAAGCCCCUGCUUGUGUAUCAUUCUGAGAAUCCACGAGCCUUCAAGAAAUGCAAGGUUCAGAAGAGCCAGUUAAACGUUAUGUGGCGGUCCAACAGCAAGGCUUGGGUCACUCGUAUGUUGUUCAUUGAGUGGAUCAACGAGGUCUUUGGUCCUGCAGUGAAGAAAUACCUUUUAGAAAAGAAUCUGCCACUCAAAGCCUUGCUGGUCAUGGAUAAUGCUCCUGCUCAUCCUCCAGGCUUUGAGGACGACUUACUGGAGGAAUUCGAGUUCAUUAAGGGCAAGUUCCUUCCUCCCAACACCACUCCAAUCCUCCAGCCCAUGGAUCAGCAGGUCAUUUCAAACUUUAAAAAGCUUUACAUCAAAGCACUAUUUCAGCAAUGCUUUGAGGUGACCGAAGGAACAAACCUUACUCUACGAGAGUUUUGGAAAAAUCAUUUCCACAUCGUGAACUGCCUGAAGAUCAUUGAUAAAGCCUGGGAUGGGGUCACCAAGAGAACCCUCUGUUCUGCUUGGAGAAAACUGUGGCCUGAUUGUGUUCUUGGACAUGACCUAGAGGGGCUUGCUCAUGAACAGGAGGCGCCAGUUGUCGAUGAAAUUGUGUCCUUGGGGAAGACCAUGGGCCUAGAGGUGAACGAGGAUGACAUCCAGGAGCUGGUGGAGGAACAUGGUCAGGAGCUGACCACCGAUGAACUGAUGGAUCUGCAUCGCGAGCAACAGCAAAAGGUUAUGGAGGAGAUCUCGUCUGCAGAGGAGAAAAAGGCAGAGGAAUCCCUCACUUCAGAUGAGAUUAGGGAGAUGUGUAAAAUGUGGGAAACAGUGCAAAAUUUUGUAGAAAAGCACCACCUGAAUAAGGCUGUAGCAGUGCAAGCGAUGAAUCUAUUUAACGACAAUGCAAUGUCACAUUUCCGCGAAAUCCUCAAAAGGAGGCAAAACAUGGCGGACACCGACCUCUUUAUGGAAUGUGAGGAGGAGGAGCUGGAGCCAUGGCAGAAAAUCAGCGAUGUCAUUGAGGAUUCUGUCGUUGAAGAUUAUAAUUCAGUGGAUAAAACUACUACAGUUUCUGUGAGCCAGCAGCCAGUCUCGGCUCCAGUGCCCAUCGCUGCCCAUGCUUCUGUUGCUGGGCACCUCUCUACAUCCACCACCGUUAGUAGCAGCGGGGCACAGAACAGCGACAGUACAAAGAAGACUCUUGUCACACUAAUUGCCAACAACAAUGCUGGCAAUUCUUUGGUCCAACAAGGUGGACAGCCGCUCAUCCUAACCCAGAAUCCAACCCCAGGUCUGGGCACAAUGGUUACUCAACCAGUAUUGAGGCCUGUCCAGGUCAUGCAGAAUGCCAAUCAUGUGACUAGUUCUCCUGUGGCCUCACAACCAAUAUUCAUCACUACGCAGGGAUUUCCUGUAAGAAAUGUCCGGCCUGUACAAAAUGCGAUGAAUCAGGUUGGGAUUGUGCUGAACGUACAGCAAGGCCAAACGGUUAGACCAAUAACACUAGUCCCAGCUCCAGGUACCCAGUUUGUUAAGCCGACAGUUGGAGUCCCACAAGUGUUCUCUCAGAUGACCCCAGUGAGGCCAGGCUCCACGAUGCCUGUGCGGCCCACCACCAACACCUUCACCACCGUCAUCCCGGCCACUCUGACCAUUCGAAGCACCGUCCCACAGUCGCAGUCCCAGCAAACCAAGUCCACACCCAGCACCUCCACCACUCCCACCGCCACACAGCCAACCUCACUGGGGCAGCUGGCUUCUCAGCCUCCAGGCCAAUCCAGCCAGACACCCAAUCCCAAGCUAGUGAGCAUUGCCAGCUUUGUCACUGUGAAGCGACCCGGGGUUACAGGUGAAAAUAGCAAUGAAGUAGCCAAACUGGUGAAUACCCUUAACACCAUCCCUUCCCUGGGCCAGAGUCCUGGGCCAGUGGUGGUAUCCAACAACAGCUCUGCCCAUGGCUCCCAGAGAACUAGCGGACCUGAGUCUUCAAUGAAAGUGACCUCUUCCAUCCCAGUGUUUGACCUCCAGGAUGGUGGACGGAAAAUAUGUCCACGAUGUAAUGCUCAAUUCCGUGUUACCGAAGCUUUGAGAGGUCACAUGUGUUACUGUUGCCCAGAAAUGGUGGAAUACCAGAAGAAAGGAAAGUCUCUGGAUUCAGAACCCAGUGUCCCAUCAGCAGCAAAGCCCCCGUCCCCUGAGAAAACUGCUCCUGUUGCUUCCACACCCUCUUCCACACCUAUUCCUGCUCUGUCCCCACCUACCAAAGUACCAGAGCCAAAUGAGAAUGUGGGUGAUGCUGUCCAGACCAAACUCAUCAUGCUAGUAGAUGACUUCUACUAUGGACGGGAUGGUGGCAAAGUGGCCCAACUCACAAACUUCCCUAAGGUCGCCACGUCUUUCCGAUGUCCACAUUGUACCAAAAGGCUAAAAAACAACAUUCGAUUCAUGAACCAUAUGAAACACCACGUAGAACUUGAUCAGCAGAAUGGUGAGGUAGAUGGUCAUACCAUCUGCCAACACUGUUAUCGCCAGUUUUCCACGCCCUUCCAGCUCCAGUGCCACUUGGAAAAUGUUCAUAGUCCUUAUGAAUCGACUACCAAGUGCAAGAUCUGUGAGUGGGCGUUUGAGAGUGAGCCACUAUUUCUCCAGCAUAUGAAGGAUACUCAUAAGCCUGGAGAGAUGCCUUAUGUCUGCCAGGUGUGUCAAUAUCGCUCCUCACUCUACUCUGAGGUAGAUGUCCAUUUUCGGAUGAUCCAUGAGGAUACUCGGCAUCUGCUCUGCCCUUAUUGCCUGAAGGUCUUCAAAAAUGGCAAUGCAUUCCAACAGCAUUACAUGAGGCACCAGAAGAGGAAUGUUUAUCACUGCAACAAAUGCCGGCUGCAGUUUCUCUUUGCAAAGGACAAAAUUGAACACAAGCUUCAGCACCAUAAAACCUUCCGUAAACCCAAGCAGCUAGAAGGUUUGAAACCAGGCACCAAGGUGACAAUCCGGGCUUCCCGAGGACAGCCACGAACUGUUCCUGUUUCCUCCAAUGAUGCACCUCCCAGCACCUUGCAGGAGGCAGCACCACUGACCUCCUCAACAGACCCUCUGCCUGUCUUCCUUUAUCCCCCUGUCCGGCGCAACAUCCAGAAGAGAGCUGUUAGGAAAAUGAGUGUCAUGGGCCGACAGACAUGUCUAGAGUGCAGCUUUGAGAUCCCAGAUUUCCCUAAUCAUUUCCCCACUUAUGUUCACUGCUCUCUGUGUCGCUAUAGCACCUGCUGCUCUCGAGCCUAUGCCAACCACAUGAUCAACAAUCAUGUUCCACGCAAGAGCCCCAAGUAUUUGGCUUUGUUUAAAAAUUCUGUGAGUGGAAUCAAGCUGGCUUGCACUUCAUGUACCUUUGUUACCUCUGUGGGAGAUGCCAUGGCCAAGCAUUUGGUAUUCAACCCCUCUCACAGAUCCAGCAGCGUCCUGCCACGGGGACUCACUUGGAUAUCUCACUCAAGACAUGGCCACACUCGUGACCGAGUACAUGACCGGAGCUUGAAGAAUAUAUAUCCUCCUCCUGCCUUCCCCUCUAAUAAAACUGCCACUGUGAAAUCUGUGGGGGCCACCCCAGCUGAGCCUGAAGAGCUGCCGCCUCCUUUGGCCCAAGCACUCCCAUCCCCAGCCUCAACCGCAACCCCACCGCCAACCCCAACUCAGCCCCAGCUUUUAGCCCUCCCACCCUUGGCCACAGAGGGGGCCGAAUGUCUGAAUGUGGAUGACCAGGAUGAAGGUAGCCCGGUCAUCCAGGAGCCUGAGCAGGCCACAGGGGGUGGUAGUGGCAGUGGAGUUGGCAAGAAGGAGCAGCUGUCUGUGAAGAAGCUUCGAGUGGUCCUGUUUGCCCUGUGCUGCAAUACAGAACAGGCUGCUGAACACUUCCGAAAUCCACAGCGACGGAUCCGACGUUGGCUUCGGCGCUUCCAGGCCUCCCAGGGGGAGAAUCUGGAGGGCAAAUAUCUGAGCUUAGAAGCAGAAGAGAAGCUGGCUGAGUGGGUGCUAACCCAGCGAGAGCAGCAGCUACCUGUGAAUGAGGAGACCUUGUUCCAGAAAGCUACCAAAAUAGGACGUUCUUUGGAGGGAGGGUUUAAGAUCUCUUAUGAGUGGGCUGUGCGCUUCAUGCUCCGGCACCACCUGACCCCCCAUGCCCGGCGAGCUGUGGCCCACACCUUACCUAAGGAUGUGGCAGAGAAUGCAGGACUCUUCAUUGAAUUCGUGCAACGACAGAUUCACAACCAGGACUUACCCUUGUCCAUGAUUGUGGCUAUUGAUGAGAUCUCCUUGUUCCUAGAUACAGAGGUGCUAAGCAGUGAUGACCGAAAGGAGAAUGCCCUGCAGACAGUGGGCACGGGGGAACCUUGGUGUGACAUGGUGCUGGCCAUUCUGGCCGAUGGCACUGUCCUCCCCACCCUGGUUCUUUACCGAGGACAAAUGGAUCAGCCUGCUAACGUGCCGGACUCGAUACUGCUGGAGGUGAAGGAGAGUGGCUACAGUGAUGACGAGAUCAUGGAGCUGUGGUCAGCCCGAGUGUGGCAGAAGCACACAGCGUGCCAGCGCAGCAAAGGCAUGCUUGUGAUGGACUGUCAUCGCACUCACUUGUCGGAAGAGGUGCUGGCUAUGCUAAGUGCCUCUAGCACCUUGCCUGCAGUGGUCCCGGCGGGCUGUAGCUCCAAAAUCCAGCCGUUAGAUGUGUGCAUCAAACGAACCAUCAAGAACUUCCUGCACAAAAAGUGGAAGGAGCAGGCUCGGGAAAUGGCAGAUACUGCAUGUGAUUCCGACGUCCUGCUUCAACUGGUGCUGGUCUGGCUGGCUGAGGUGUUGGGCGUCAUUGGGAACUGUCCAGAGCUGGUGCAGCGGUCCUUCCUCGUGGCCAGUGUCCUACCUGGCCCUGAUGGCAACAUUAACUCACCCACUAGAAACGCUGACAUGCAGGAGGAGCUCAUCGCCUCCCUAGAGGAGCAGCUGAAGCUGAGUGGGGAACAGUCUGAGGAGCCCUCAGCUUCCACUCCCCGACCCAGAUCAUCUCCUGAAGAGACAGUUGAGCCUGAGAGCCUUCACCAGCUCUUUGAGGGUGAAAGCGAGACCGAGUCCUUUUAUGGAUUUGAAGAAGCUGACCUAGAUCUGAUGGAGAUUUGAGUGCUGGGGUAACCCUAUUGUAGUAGGCUUUCACAGACUGGGACAUGCUCAAGAUGUGAUGGGCCUGGUGGUACAGGUGUGACAUUUGUUACCACCUCCUUCUCCUCACCUCCAUUUUUUGGUUUUUUUAACCCCAGCACACUAUAAUGUAGUGAACUGGAGUGAUCCCACCCAUGAACAGCUUGGCCAGCUUCAUGAACCCAUGGCAUCUGGAAAGUGAACUGAAGAUCCGUCUGCUCUUGGCCUGCUCUUCCCCAGCUUUCUGCCUGAUGCCAUUUUGACAGAACAUGGACCUUGAAGUCAUCCUUUUGCCUUUGAGAAAGUUCAAGAACUAUGGUCAACUCUAUCUACAGUGACCGAAUCCUCUUUGGUAGUCUCCGUAGCAGCCCCAGCCUCAGCAGAGCUGGGUCCCUGGCCUCUGCAUUAUUUGACUUUCCUGAUGGGUAAUUUUUUUAAGACCAUAAGACCAACAGUGGAACAGCUGGGUUUUGGCCAGGAAGUUAUCUUUGUGGAUUCCGCCCGCAUGGCUUAGUAGUAGAAGGAAGUUUUUUUUUUUUGGUUUUUUUUUGUUUUUUUUAUAAUUCAGUUUAAUCAAUAAACAAGUAUUUAUUGACUA